GUGUUUGUAUUUGAUGUAGGUGGAAAACAAUGGAAGUCCUACAACUGGACAGUGGUGACAACUGUGGCUGCGUUUGGAAAAUUUGAUGCUGAGCUCAUGUGUUACGCUCACUCCAAAGGUGCACGACUUGUCCUUAAAGGUGAUGUUCCCAUCUCCUCCAUCGUGGACCGAGCCAACMGAACCGCGUGGAUAACGAAGCAGGUAAACUUAGCCAAGAGUCAGUUUAUGGACGGGAUCAACAUCGACGUGGAGCAGGCGGUGGACGAGGGCUCGCCAGAGUACUUCGCUCUGACAGACUUGGUCAGAGAGACGACUGAGGCGUUCCACAGAGAAAUCCCAGGUUCCCAGGUGUCAUUUGAUGUUGCCUGGUCACCAAACUGUAUUGAUAAGCGUUGCUAUGAUUACAUCAGCAUCGCCAAAUACUCUGACCUGCUGUUUGUGAUGUCCUAUGACGAGCAGAGCCAGAUCCCUGGUGACUGCAUCGCAAUGGCAAACGCACCUCUCAACCAAACUCUGAAAGCUUAUGACGACUAUUUGGCUCUAAAUAUUGAUCCCAAGAAGAUCGUAAUGGGAGUGCCGUGGUAUGGCUAUGACUAUCCUUGUGUCAACCUUUCCCAGGAGGGUAUAUGUUAUAUACCCAAAGUUCCCUUCCGUGGAGCUCCCUGCAGCGACGCAGCUGGAAAACAGAAACCGUACAGGUGGAUCAUGAAGCAGCUCGGCAGCUCGUCAGGCAGGAAGUGGGAUGAYGAGCAGAAGGCUCCCUAUUUCUAUUACAAGGACCAGGCCGGGCAGACUCAUCAGCUCUGGUACGAUGACCCUCAGAGCAUCUGCGCCAAAGCCAACUAUGUGACRAGUAAAGGCCUGAGGGGCAUCGGCAUGUGGAAUGGCAACAUCUUGGACUACAGCGAUGAUCCAGUUGCCCAGCAGCAGACCACCCAGAUGUGGAACGCCCUGUUUGGGUGCUAACUAAGCUUCAUUUACACCUGCUGCUGUAAAGAAAUAAUUUAGGAAAAGAACAGUUUUGUUCUCUCCUCAGGGAUGAAUAUUUGCACUAAAUCAUCAAUUGUUGCUUUUCUUGCUUGUUUUCUAAAUUGAUACGUUAAACCUUCUUUUAACCAGAAAAAGCCUGUGAUUUUUUUCUACAGAUGUUUUCAUGUUUUUCUUUAAAUUAAGAUAUACACACAUUCUUUUCAUGAACGAACUUUUUUUACUUUGUUUAUAAGAGCAAUUUCGAAAAUAAAAUCACAAAAUAAUUCAA